AACUUUACCCCUGCAAUGAUUUCUGUUCACUAAAUAAAACGACUGCGCGUUAUCUAUCUAUCGAUCUCUAACAAUAGGUGACUCGGACCACUUUACCAGGUUUUGGGCUUUGCGUAUGAAUGUUUUUGCGACGGGGCGAGUAUAAUAUGAUCGAUCUUCUACAGCCUCAGGCUAGCAAUGUGCGCUACUUCGAAGAAGUUCUCGACCAAGGCCGCCGAGCCUGGGCCUGGCGCUAAAUCUGCCCGGGAAGCGACAGUUUCCAAGUCGCAUCAUACAACUCAUCCCCCUUGGAUUGACAUGAUUACCGAAUGUAUCACCACGACACCCGAUGGAACCCGCCACGGCGUAUCACGCCCAACGAUCAAGAAAUUCGUCGACUCAAAGUAUCACCUGGAAAUGAAUCCUUUAGCGUCCAGCCAGCUUAACCGAGCAAUCCAUCACGGCGCUGAUAAGGGGACAUUUGUCCUGCCAAAAGGUCCUUCCGGCAAAGUCAAACUUGCACCCCGGCAGCACAUUGAGGCAGCUAAAGAAAACGCAAAGCCAGCUUUAAAACGCUCCACUGCUGCUAAAGAAAGUCACGUCAUCCCAAUCAAGGCAGCUACUAAAACUGCAGUGAAGAAGACGUCUCGUGCCGCGAAGCCGGCGGCUACCACCGCACCCGCCGCACCGCCGAAGUCAAGAAUUGAAAGAAAUAUCACUCCACUGCAAAGAAGGCUAGGACGAUUGGUUCCUCCACUCGCAGGACGGUCGGAAGAAAGGCCGCCACUGCACGGGUCACAGCUAAGAAGACUGCCACAGGAAGGUCAACUCCAUCAAAGAUUGGCAAGCGGGGGGCAACUUCCUCGAAGAGGACUACGAGGGCAGCAGCUUCGAAGCAGAGGGUCCGGAAGACUUCUCGCAAGUAACGCAUGUUAUUCAUGAUUUCACGCUCUUUCUGGCGAAUCGUGGCUAACGUCUUGAUAUCUCCUCAGAAACACGGUUUUUCUUCACUGCUUUUCGUCACAUGUUCCAGUC